UAUUACGCAGUGUUUAGCGCUCGUUCCCCGCAGAAAGUCAGUCGCGUGCGUACCGUCGUUGGACACGGAUCUUCUAUACGUUCUCUGUUCUUCUAUUCCGAGGCUACAAAAGAAACAUGCUGAAGUCUUACCCCUCGCGAUAUCCCGCCAGCCAAGCUGGUAUUCGAGUGAUCCGCUUGACAGUGGAUCAGGAAGCUGUUCUCCAAGAGCAGUUCAACAGAUGGCCAAGAGCACCUCAUACCGCGGACAUUGUAUUGCUCGCAGCUGAAACAGGUCUGUCCGAGACUGACGUUGAGGGAUGGUAUGCUAUCAGGUUGGCUCAGUGGCGAAAAGAACAAGGACUUGGCGGAAAUCUGGGAUUGCAUUGAUCGAAAGCUUUCUAAAGAGCUCCCGCUGGACAAGCUCCAUUCUUUGUACCUGAAACUGACGUUGAUCUGUUUAUGUACAGUAAUAACCGGAUUGAAAUUGCGCGAAUUAUAUUUUAUGUUUUGUUCUUCAAAUUGGUGUUAUACUGAGAAAGUUUCGUUAAGUUACGUAGAGCGUUAUAUAGAGUUUAUUUUAUUAAAUUUUUAAAAUGUAUAACAAAGUCUCUUAUCUGAACAUACAAAGUAGCUAAGUAAGACAGAGAACACACAAUUAUUAAAUUAUGCAAUUAAAAUAUAUAUAAUUCUUAAUGUACUUGUAAUGUUAUUUCAAGGUUUUUCUUAAUACAGAAGAAAAUUUGAAACA